CACAUGCUAUGAUACAUGUAUACAUUAUGGCAGCGCUACACUGAUGUGUCUGUCAUGAGCAUGCUGAUCACUAUGCCAACUCUCCCCCUAUCAUCUAAAAUGCUGACACAUCAGUAAUGCUGCAUCAGCGCAGCUUGCCUGUCUGCAACACAAAUACCAGUCGAACCCAUCCCCAGCCAGUCCCCGGGACUGUAUUCAGCUCCUGAGUAUGGAGUCUAAUCUGCCUGACAUCACAGAGAUUAGCAGCAGCUGUCUGAUUCCUGGUACAAACAUUUCAUCACAACACUUUACUCCAUCAAUAGAGGCUUUCAGCAGCCUGUGAAAUGGUACCCUUGUUUUACUCCCAGCUUCAAUGAAACAUUGUAGGAGCUGUAAAUAGAACUAAGUCCUCUAUAUUUCUGAUUUCAUUCAGGGGCGAUACUUGCUCGCAGCUGAUAUAGGAUCAGUCUUACUUUAAGUGCCAGUGGAAUGGCUUUAAGAAGGCUAGAGAGAAAGAAGGUCUGUCUAUCUUCCAGCACUGAAUUCGCAUGAUUCUGGAGAGACUGACAUUAUCGGGAGUGUGAGUGUGUCGGGGAAUGGCUGUGUGUCAGAAACCUUUCUGUCUGGAGCGGCUGGAGUCAGACACGAGUGGCUUCUCGGCCAGCCUGGAUCACUAUGACCUGCAGGAUAAUACAGAGGAGCUGGAUGUGGACCAGUGUGAUGCCAAACUGCGGGAAUCAAGAAAGCACAUGUUCCAAGCAAUAUACUCGUUUCUUCCAUUUAAGUCUUUGGAUUGCAAGGUAUUCCUCGACGAUGUUCCAAUCCUGGUGCAAGUGACAGAGGUGGAGCGCUUUGCAUGUACAAGGGUGUUGAAUCCUAAUCUGUACACUAUCGAACUAAGCUAUGGGACCUAUACAUGGAAAAUCAAGAGACGUUUUAAGCAUUUUCUAAUGCUUCAUCAGGAGCUGCUUAAGUUCAAGGCCUUAUUAAAGAUCCCACUGCCAAGUCGAAUUCAUUCAGUCAAAAGAAGUUCAUUCGAAGGUCUCAAGAGUUCUCGGACAGGACACAUGCCCACCCUGCCACGCAGACCCGAUGCUCUGGUCAAGGAGGAACAGCUGAUCAGCAGAAAAAUGCAGCUUGAAGACUAUCUCAAGAACAUUUUGAAAAAAUCGUUAUACAGGAAUCAUCCUGCAACACUUGAAUUCUUAGAAGUGAGUCAAAUAUCAUUUAUCAAGGAGCUUGGACCAAAGGGAAUUGAAGGUAUGAUCCUGAAGAAAUCCGGAGGAAACACGUUUCCAGUCUGUUACUGGUGUGGGUCCAACAGUGUGUGCUAUCGCUGGUCUAAAAGAUGGCUGGUGGUGAAAGAUUCCUUUGUUCUCUACAUGAAGCCAAAAGAUGGCCAAGUAGGGACAGUGAUUCUGUACGAUAAGGGUUUCCACAUCAACAUAGGGACUGAAGAGACUGGAGUCAGGCAUGGUGUGACAAUUGAAAAUCUCUGUAGGGCUCUUACCAUUAAAUGUUCCACCUAUAGGCAGGCUCGCUGGUGGGGGCACUCCAUUGAUGAAUUUGUCCAAAGGUUUGGUCAGGAUUUCUUGAGAGAAAAUCGCCAUGGCUCAUUUGCCCCUGUCAGAGAAAACACAAAAGCACAAUGGUUUGUCAAUGCAGCUGGGUACUUUGAUGCCAUUGCUGAUGCCCUAGAAGGUGCAAAGGAGGAAAUCUUCAUCACAGCCUGGUGGCUGAGUCCAGAGAUCUUCCUCAAAAGACCUGUGGUAGAUGGGAACACAUGGAGAUUAGACCAUGUCUUAAAGCGAAAAGCAGAGCAAGGGGUAAAGAUCUGCGUCUUGCUCUACAAAGAGGUCGAAGUGAUCCUGGGCCUCAACAGUGAGUACACCAAGAAGACUCUGAUGGGCCUUCACUCCAACAUCAUGGUCAUCCGGCACCCCGACCAUGUACCCUCCACAUCACUACUCUGGGCUCACCAUGAGAAAUCAGUGGUGAUUGACCAGUCACUGGCCUUUCUGGGAGGCAUUGAUCUUGCCUAUGGGAGAUGGGAUGACUCCCAACACAGACUGACCGAUGUGGGUAGUGUGAGAAGGAGUCCUCAGGCCAGCCCAGCAGUUUCCCCUGACCUCACACGGGAGUCUGUAGACAUGUCUGAAGAGGAUAAGGAGCUGAAGUUCAGUUCGGUGAUGGAAGAAGAGGUGCUGGGUGGAGAAGCUGCAGGCGAAACGUGUUCGGUGGAGGAGCAUUCAGAAACCAACUCCAACCUCACACUGCCUGUCAAUAAAAUCUACAUUGCAGCAGCAGAGGAUAAGAGCAGCUCAGAAGGCACAGAGUUCAAACACUGCAACAGUAGGAACAGUGUGAGCUCUAGAUCGCUGCUUGUCCCAGAGUGGUACAGUAAGAGCCUGUCUCUGCGCUCCACUGACUCCUACUCACCAGGCCUGCAUCACUUGCUUCUCCUGCCUCAUGACACCAGCUCCCUCAGAAGUCACAUAAGCAGCACAGAGCUUUGUGGAGAGACUCGCUUCUGGCAUGGCAAAGACUACUGCAAUUUCAUCCUCAAAGACUGGGUCAAACUCAACAAACCAUUUGAUGAUUUCAUCGACAGGUAUAAGACACCGAGGAUGCCCUGGCAUGACGUUGGAGUUGUGGUUCAUGGGAAGGCUGCUAGGGACGUCGCCAGGCAUUUCAUCCAGAGAUGGAACUUCACGAAGCUGGUGAAGAAGCGGUCGGGGGCGACUUGUUAUCCCUGCCUCGUGCCCAAGUCUCUGUGCGAACCCAGCAAGCCACCCGAGCUGUGGGGUAAACACACGCAGGCCAAUGUACAGGUUUUGAGAUCAGUGUGCCAGUGGUCCAUAGGUACGAAGGUACAUGAGGAGUCCAUUCAUCUGGCCUACAUCUCAGCCAUACAGAACAGCAAACACUUCAUCUACAUAGAGAAUCAGUUCUUCAUAAGCUGCUCUGACAAGACCAUCCACAACAGCAUCGGAGAUGCACUGACUGAGAGAAUCCUUCAAGCAUACAGAGAGAAGAAAAAGUUCCGGGUGUACGUGGUGAUGCCUUUGCUGCCCGGCUUUGAAGGUGACAUCUCCUCUGGAGGAGGACAAGCCAUUAAGGCAAUCAUGCACUUUAAUUACAGGACCAUGUGCAGAGGAGAGCACUCCAUUAUUGACAGACUCAAACGUGUGAUGGCUGACUGCUGGAUCAACUACAUCUCUUUCUGUGGUUUACGCACUCAUGCUGAUCUGGAUGGCCGUCUGGUUACUGAGCUCAUCUAUGUGCACAGCAAGCUCAUGAUCGUGGACGACCGCACUGUCAUCAUCGGUUCUGCUAAUAUCAAUGACAGGAGCAUGCUGGGGAAGAGGGACAGUGAGAUGGCUGUAGUGGUGGAGGAUACGGAGAUCCAGGACUCCCUCAUGGAUGGAGAGAGCUACCAGGCUGGCAGGUUUGCCCUGUCCCUACGUGUGGAGUGCUUCAGGGUUGUGCUUGGACUGCUGGGAGACUACAGCGUGGACAUCAGUGAUCCCAUCAGUGACAGGUUCUACAAGGAGAUCUGGAUGGUGACUGCAGCCAAAAACGCCAGUGUUUAUGACAAGGUAUUCCGAUGCUUACCCACGGACGCAGUGCUGAAUUAUAAGAUCCUGAGGGAGUACAUGUCCCGCUCCUGCAUGGCCACUGAAGACCCCAUCCAGGCCUCCACUGAACUGAAGAAAGUCCAUGGUUUCCUGGUCCAGUUCCCUUUCUAUUUCUUGUCUGAGGAAAACCUUUUCCCUUCCUUGAACUCUAAAGAGGGCAUCAUGCCCGUGGAGCUGUGGACCUAGAUAAGUGGCAAAUGUAUUCAUUUAUUCAUUCGUAGGAAUGAAGUAAGGAAUUACAUAAAACAUGAGGAACUCUUUGCUCACCUAACACAAGCUUAACUGUCAGUGGAAGUUAUGCAUAUUUGCACUCUAUGUACUUUUGAUUCUUUGGUGAGACAAAAAUUAACACGGAACAGAACUUUAGACUACCUCUUUAAGAAACAUUUAUGUCAGCUUUAAAUAUUAUUUCGAAAAGACGUCAAAGGACCUUCAUGCGUUUCAGUCAUUUCUUCCCUUUCUUUUGUAUUUAAUAAGGCUUGAGCAAAGAUAUAUUAAACAAGUAUAACAUUAUUUUUUCAUAUUCAUUAUUUUUCACCAUGUUAUUGUAAAUGAUUAACCACAUGCUGACCAUGAAUAAAGAAUUUUUAACCUUU